CUUGGACAACACCAACGUUUGCCGGUAAAGAACAGAAAACACAAAGUUAUUUCUUUUGUAUUUAACAGCAAGCUCCUGUACAACAGUCCAAUGAUGACGUCUGUGCUGUGGUAUUUGGUGUCAGUGCUGGCAUUUUGCACCACGGGCCUAGUUUGUGCUUUUGGGACCAGCGCCAACAAGACUUCCUAUUACGCACACAAAGGAUCGAGCGUCAUUCUUCACUGCAAGUACACACGUCCCUCUGGCUUCUUAAAGUGCCCGGCAGGUUCUUGGGAAUUUGUAUCUCCAAAAAAAGACAGGAAGGUUAUUUUCAAGAUGGAAUCCAGCCAGAUAAAAACGGACUAUAAUCCUUUGAAGGACAGGAUUAGCUUCCCUUCCCCCAACCCUUGUGAUGGAGAUGCUUCCAUAAGGAUCAAUGGCCUGCGUAUGUCAGACACGGGGAAGUACGUGUGCAACUUGGAAUUUAAGUCUCAACAUUUGUUGAAAACCAUGACCCUGACAGUCACGGAGGAGCUGAGCACACCGGUGUGUGCCGUGCAAGGAAAGCUUGUGGCAGGUAAUGUUGUGACGCUCCAAUGCACAUCCUCACAAGGCACCCCCCCGCUGAAGUACAGCUGGACAAAGACGAGUGGAAACCAGAUGUUACCUUCUAACACCAACGGGGACACCUCAGGAGGGACCUUGUUGGUCAACAGGCUCUCAGAGGACGACUGUGGAAGUUAUCGCUGCACGGUGGAAAGUCUGGAUGAUACCAAACACUGUGAGAUCCUACUUGAGUGUCCACACCCACCUUCGACCACAAGCGAUGCAACCAAACACAAGGAGGUCCCACCAAAGUGUCCACGGUCCCCAUUAGCGACGAGCGAUGGAAAUCAAGUUAUCAUAGCAGUGGCGGCGACUAUCGUUGUUCUUUUGCUGGCCAUUGUCUUGGUUCUCACAGUCAUUUGGGUCUUGCGCAAAAGAAAUCGUGGUGAGCUUGCUAUCAAUUAAAAAUGACUAUUUAGUGGCGUCCCCUCUUCCAAGUGGUCUUUCAGGGGACAAACUAUGUAAUGGAGAUUACAUUAUUGUGUACUAAUUAGUACAAUACAACUUUAAAAACAUUGUGUGUGCUGCGUUGAUAGUAUCAUAGCACAGCACACACAAAGAUCGUAACUGCUCAAUGCCUGAUUUUUUGUCUUUGUGUGGGGUCAAAAAUAUAUUUUAAAGAUUAAGAAAAUACAUGUGUACCACUCUUAAGGUAGACUCGGGGUGUCAAAAAGGACGGCCCACGAACAGGUUUUAUCCGGCCUGCGAGAUGAGUUUGCAAAGUAAAAAAAAUGAGCUAUAAUGUUUGAAUGAAAUAAACUGCUGUUCUUGUGCCUACUAUGUGUCGAAAUAGCAGUUAUUUGUACCUUUGAUUGCCCUGCCGUGAGCAUGCGGAUAACCUCAAAAGGGGGCGGAGCUAUGUGCAGUGUGUCAACACUUCCAUGUUUGGACACUUAUUACUUAUGCUACAUGAAAAUGAUGCUACAUA